UAUUUGCUAAUUUUCUUAUUUGAUUGGUGGUAUAAUUUUUGUGAUUAAUUUCUAGGCAAAAAUCUUAUGCAUAAAUCAAAUGCUUCAUGUAUUUUUUAUACGUGCUAAGAUAGAAAACAGUUCGGUGAAGUUGGGUGAGGGGUGUCUGAUGAUAAUUUUGAUAAGAUUCGCUACGAUAAUGUAACAAAACCGCGUCGAUAGUUAUUACAAGUUGUAUGGAAAGUGUUCGCGAUGGAAUAUCUAUACAUUUUAGUUUUUUUCUCAAUACUCGACAAGUGCCAUCAGUCGCUCGUAAACAAAAGUGAAACUUUCACUUCUGUGAAGUCAAAUUCGUCUUCGGAACAAAAAAUAUGGAAUAUAAAGCUGGAUAUAUAUUUCGCUAAACCUCUGCCGCCGAUCGUCAGGAAGCCGGUGUCGUCGGACGUGCGGCUCAAGUGCGAGGCGAUGAUGAACUUCACUAAGGUCGUACACUACACCAAAAACAAAGAAGGCAUCGAAACUUCCCUCAAAGAGUUCCCGCCCGAACAUAUUCAACAAACGCUCAUGAAGAACGUCAAGCUGUACUGGCUGAAGGACAACAAGAUACUCCAUGAAACCAACCAAAUAAAAAUAUCAACCAAAGUUGAUAAUGUCAAUGGGAGUAUUGGUACCUACCUCAAAAUUAAAAACCUCAAUUUCGGCGAUGAAGCCAACUACACUUGUGUUAUAAAACAAUCGUACGAAAAGAAGAUGACAACUAGGCUGGUGGUAGAAGAGAGCAAUACCAAUCUUCCAAUUCUCACCACCUCCCUGCCGAACGGCGACAACAGUAUUGCGAUCGAUAUAAAGGCGACUACGAACCUUUUGCCUGAAAGUAUUACCAUUGAUGAAAAAGUAGAGGAACCCAAAGAAAAGAAAUUCUCACCUAAGAAACUUGAACCUCUAUGUCAGGAGUACACAGGUAUGGUAUGUAGUACAUUCCUGCAGGGCCAGUUUGUCUAUAUACCGUAUGAAACUACGCAGGUAGCUCUGGAGGACAAACUGAAGAAAGCUCUCCAGGUUACCCGAUAUUCUAAUGACAUAAGCUCUCACUGUGAAAAUUAUGCACUUCCAAGCCUCUGCUAUUCCACAUUCCCCAUUUGUCGCCAUCACAUUGAAACCAAUGAUUUCUUUCUCGCUCAAGCUAGGAAGAUUUUAAAUGAUACUACCGACAUCUCAGAAGCCAUAGAGAACCCUGAUAAAAAUGUCUCAAUGCAAAUAUUUAAUUACCGCUACAAUUCAUCAGUUUUGAGAAGAGUUUGUAAACAAGACUGUGAAAUACUGGAGAAUGAACUCUGUCAAAUGGAGUAUGCCAUUGCCAAGAGACAUCCUCACAUUGGCCAGCAGCUCACUUUGGAGGAAUGCCAGGACUUGCCAGAGAAUGAUCCCGACUGCUUGAAGAUCGGAAUAGGUACCAUCAUGGUUUCAGAUGAUGAAUGCUACUGGGAAAAUGGUAGUGGAUACUUGGGCCGAGCAAAUGUAACAAGUGAUGGGCUACCUUGUAUAGAGUGGUCGAAACAGAUGUAUGUAAAAGUCUCUGAACAUCCGGAGCUUGCGGGCCGACACAGCUACUGUAGAAAUCCCGGGGGAAUUAAAUCAGAGCCGUGGUGUGUUGUGGACAAUGAUGGAAAGAUAGCUAAACUAUGUGAUAUACCUAAAUGUGCUCAUAAAAUUUGGAUCUACAUAGUUGCAAUAUUCCUGAUACUCACCUGUGGUAUAAUAGGAUUCAUAGUGUGUCUCUUCUACAGGCACCAGAACAAAAGAAAUGCGGCUAAUAUAAGAGACAUCAAUUUACCUAAUGCUGACAAAAACAUUUACGGCAAUUCUAGACUAAACUCGCCCAUAGAAAUGAAUGAGCUGCUAUCAAACCAGAAUAACGAAAAUCAGCCCCAUUUGCAAACUCAAAGCACCAGAGGCAAUGGUAUUUUACGAAUACCCCAGUACUCAUUGUCACAAAUUAAAUUCUUGGAAGAGUUGGGCGAGGGAGCAUUUGGAAAAGUGUACAAAGGAGCACUGAAGAAGAAUGGUGAGACUCAGUAUGUUGCAGUUAAGGCUCUCAAAGAAAAUGCGUCGGCAAAAACGAAGGCAGAUUUCAGAAGGGAGAUAGAUUUAAUAUCAGAACUGAAUCAUGAGAAUAUUGUGUGCAUUGUGGGUGUGGCCCUGAGGGAGGAGCCCCUGUGUAUGCUGUUUGAGUUUAUGGCUCGCGGGGACCUGCACGAAUUCUUAAUGGGCCGAGCACCUCCCUCGGGCAAAGGGCUCCCUGCCAUGAGACUACUGAACAUUGCCUGCAACAUAGCCUCGGGCAUGCAGUACCUAGCCUCACACCAUUACGUCCACCGUGAUUUAGCUGCUAGAAAUUGUCUGGUGUCAGAUGAUUUUGUAGUAAAAAUAUCAGAUUUUGGGCUCUCAAGAGACAUCUACAGUUCAGACUACUAUAGAGUACAGUCAAAAAGUCUGCUACCUGUGAGAUGGAUGCCACCAGAGUCAAUACUUUAUGGAAAGUUUACAACUGAAAGUGACAUUUGGUCGUAUGGUGUGGUGCUGUGGGAGAUAUACAGCUACGGUCUGCAACCGUAUUAUGGGUACAGCAACCAGGAGGUGAUAGCGAUGGUGCGAGCGGGCGAGCUGCUGGCGGCGCCGGCCGCGUGCCCGCCGCCCAUGUACGCGCUCAUGCGGGACUGCUGGCGACACGUGCCGCAACGACGACCCAACUUCGAGGAGAUAGUUCACAGAUUGCAAGACUGGAUCCAGACGGGCGGGUGUCCGGAGGUGGCGGCGCCGGCGUCGGAGUCCGGGAGCUGCGGGCGGCGGCGCGACGAGCGCGCGCCCCUGCUCCCCCCGCACGCCUCCAACGGCUCCCUGGCCACCAGUCUCAAGCUGCCCAGGGACGACACAUCGUCCACCUGCUCCGACCUUCCGCCCCUCGCGCCCAAGACCAAGAAGUACAGCUCCGGAUCCCUCAUAGAUACGGACAGAGUGGGCAAGGAGACCGUCGUGAGGAUACCCAAUAAUUACGGUAACGAAAUCUAGUUAAAUUCUCUAGGGUUUUGAUGGGGGAAAGGGCAUGCUGCUGAUUGGACGCACACAAAAAUCGUCGAUGGAAAUGUGGGUUUCAAAACGUCCGCCACCAGAUGGCGCUUUGUGUGUAUCCGAACCAUAAAGUUAAUAUACCUAGCGGAAUAGAGAAACAAAGA